AAAAGGGGGAGGGAUUCCAUUCAAGCGGAGAUAAUUAGAAGAGUGGGUCACUGUUGGAGGAUCGCAGCAGCAGCAGAGGAAGAGGAGGAGAGAGGAAGCGAAUCAGAGGAGUCGGAGUCGACCAUCAUCGGUUCAGACGUCCAGCUUUGGCAGAUGCGCCCGGCUGUCAUUCACCGGCUGUGGACUCAGUCAGGAGCUAAAGGAGCAGCUCUCCUCCUAUUACCUUAAAAUAAUAAUUUUUUCCCCGUGAGUCGCUCCAGAGGAGAUAGAAGAGGAGAUCAAGCCUGAGAGGAAACGGGUUGUGUGUCAAACGCUGCUGAACUGCCAUGGGCCUCUUGCGGUUACCUACGCUCGUCCUGAUUAUCUCAGCCUUCAUCCCACGGCGGUCCCUGAGCUGUCCCUCCGGAUGUCGCUGCUACAGCCUCACAGUGGAGUGUGGGUCGCUCGGGAUCAAAGAGGUCCCACACGGCAUCCCUUCCAUCACCGAGACCAUCUUUCUCCAGGACAACACAAUUGUGCAGAUCCGUCUUCAGGAUCUUACCGGCCUGGAAAGCCUCCAUUAUCUGUACCUCCAGAAUAACAGCAUUUCAGCUUUGGAGCCUGGGGCUUUUUUGAACCAAGGACAGUUAUUGGAGCUGGCUCUGAAUGGCAACCUCAUCCACUUGGUCACCCCUGACAUGUUUCAGGGUCUUGAGCACCUCCGGAUUCUCUACCUUGCUGGAAACCAGAUUACCCGAAUCCAGGAUUACACCUUCAGGGGACUGCAGCGACUGCAGGAGCUUCACCUGCAGGAAAACAGCAUAGAGCUGCUGGCAGAGCAUGCUCUGUCUGGGCUUUCAUCUUUAGCUCUGUUGGACCUCAGCAAAAAUCACCUCCGCACACUUGGAGCUUCAUUUCUCAAACCACUCGUCAGUCUGCAGGUACUCCGUGUCACAGAGAACCCAUGGCGUUGUGAUUGCGCUCUCGGCUGGCUCAGGACCUGGAUCAGUGAAGACGGACAGCGUUUGUUGAGUUCUGCCGAGCAGCGACGGUUGAUGUGCUCAGAGCCACCCCGUCUCUCCCACCUCAGCCUGGCGGAGGUGGCUCCCAACAGUCUGGUCUGUAUCCCCCCUGUGGUGCAGCUGGAGCCCAGCCACCUGACUGUGCGACUCGGAGAAAGCCUCAGAGUCUCCUGCCAGGCAUCGGGAUACCCUCAGCCUCUGGUGACUUGGAAGAAAUCUUCUCACGGUAAGGCCCAGCUAUCACCUCGGGGACUGUUCCAAGAGCUCGGACCCAGUGGGGAGCUUUUUAGAUCCGGAGCAGGUGGAGUGGUGACAGCUCUGCCCAGCAGUGGAGGAAUCAAGGUGGGAGGUCUUGGAGGAAUCAAUGGGCUUGUGCGUGGAACUGAGGAAGGAGCUGAAAAGGACAGCUUUGAUCCAGACAUGGGCAGUGGCAUGCUGUUCCUCAGUAAUGUGACAGUGGCACACGCUGGCCGCUAUGAAUGUGAGGCAUGGAACCCAGGAGGUGUGGCAAAGGUUACUUUUCACCUGGCGGUCAACAUGUCUUCCUCCUCCUCCUACACAUCCCAGUUCUGGCCUCGUUUGAACACUCACUCCUACGUUUCCUCUUCAUCUAGCUCCUUUUAUCAACCGGACGUUCUUGACAUUAGCCAGGAACCUUUAUAUGAGCAGGACAGCAUGGACUUCACCGCUCUUGGCCCAGCCACACAGACAGCCAUCGCCAUCGGCAUCUCCUUGCUGGCGCUUACCGCCGUCCUUCUCCUCAUAAUGAUCUACACUCGGCACCAGCAGUAUCGCAAAGAGGAGAGCGGCUCGUACUGCGCAAAUAAAGAGGAGAGCAUCCUCUACGUGAAUGACUACUCUGAUGGACCUACUACCUUUGCGCAGCUCGAGGAGUAUCGGGAUGACCACGGUCACGAGAUGUACGUUCUCAACCGGGCCAAGCCGGUCGUGGGUUCCAACGCAUCCAGAUGUUCCAUGAUGAGUGGAUUCAUUCAGCAGAAGGGCAUGAAGGAAGCCCUUCUGGACCAUGAAAUGGUGCAGACACUAACCAGAUCAGGAGGACCAGGGCUUCGCAGAAACCCAGCGGACGGAGGUGAAGGGCCCUUAACGACGGAUCCAGAGGAGCUCUUUCUCAACCAGAGUCUCCUCUUUGGAUCACAGGUUGCCUAUGAGAUCCACUGUUAAGAUACCUGUAAAACAUUCCUACAUGCUAAAAAAUGUUUGUGGACUUUGAAUAAAUCAUUUUGGUGAAGUGAUUUAAAGCAUUAGAUCAUUAUCAAGCCAUUAAAACAGGAGACAGUGAGCGAUUGUUGGAUGGAGAAUGGGAGCCAUGGUCACACACAGCUCGCCAGAGAUCCCCAACUGAUUGACUUUUUGUCAUUACGAAGGCUCAAUGGACUGAAAAGUGGCAAUUACAGGGAUAAUUACUUGUGAUCCAUACUUUUUGGCCCCAUAUAAACCCUUUAAAUAUAAGUAUUACACCAUUUGAACUAUAUCUCAGCUACAAAGGUUUAAAACUGCGCAAGAAGCAAUGGAUAUUGAUGGUUGACUAUUUUGUACAAAUCUUUUUUAGUUUAAGGUGUUUUGUUUUGUGUAAAUACAAUUAAACCACUUUUCACUGUGAAGUGUAGCUGUUUUAUGGACCUUCAUGAAGAUUAGAGUUAUACCUACAUCAUUUCUACAACUGAAAUUGCAUCAUCCUUUCCAUAUGCCUGACUUGGCAGUGGUGGUGGUUAAUAGGGAGGUGAUUAAAAAAGUUCAGUAUGACAAUUAUUUUUUUUAUGUAUGUUCAAUAUGCCGUUGUAGUUUUUAACAUGACCUGUUUUUAUUUUUUUUACCUGUUUUUUUGUAAUAGAUGGAAGCAUAGAGCUGCAAAACACAGUGACACCACAAACACACUGAGCAAGUGAAUAAAACACUCCAUUUGCAUAUUUAUUUGUGUCUUCACGCCAAGAAAGAACUAAACUGACUUUUUAAAGAAUUAACAACAGAAGCAAGAACAAGGUGUUUGAAGUAAACACCUCAAUGUCCUUUUUGGUUUUUCUGUUUUGAGGAUUUUUCAUGGCUUGCAGAUGGUUUGGACCAUACUGUUUUUGCAUUUUUCUCACAUACUUGGAGCAAAAGUGUCACCCCGCCACAUACUCAAAACCUCCCAAAAAUGAAUUUUGGGCAUAGUGGAACCCCCCAAGAAAAUAACGAACAAAAAAAAGAUGAUGACAUCAUAGUGGGUGAAGCUCUCAAAAAACAAAAUGUACAUGUUGGGGUUAUCCUAAGGAAGUUCAACAAUUAUUAUGGGAUGGCGACAGGACCUACGGCUUUGAAGCCACUUUGUGGUAAAUUGUAAAAUUAGCUGAUUUUCUGAUUUUUUUUCCACAUUAUGGGAAAAAAUAACUGUCUUUCCUUUGUGCAAUUUUCCCCAAAUUUUACAUAUAUGCCAUCAAAUUAAGUCUAUAACCACAACCAAGGUUUGUUAACUGUUGACCUUGGAAAGAGGCAUCUAUCUUGAAUUUAAAAGAAAAAAAAUCACCUUUUACUUAUUCAAACUCCUUCUAGAGGUUUCAAUCUGUCGAUGCUAACUUCUUGAGCAUCAUUGAUAAGCUAGUUGGGAAAAAAUAUUGGAAUUUAAAGUUCUAGAUUUACAGUUUUGUUAGUGUGGCAAGCUGUUGCUCCCGCAUUUUUUGCAUUAACAUUGGGAACAUUUAAUACUUGAACUGUUUUAAAUAAAAGACUAUGACAUACAAUAUAACGCUUUUAAAAAUAUGAUUUACAAAAAGCCUUGGUUACCAAGGAAAUCCAAAAAUGUACUUUUGUAGAUUCUUCUAAAAAUUAAAUAGACCUGUUCGUCACUCCCAGGUGACAAAAACAUAACAUGGAGAUAAAACCACCAGAAAAGCUUCCAUUUUUUUGUAUUUCUCAAAUGCAUAUCUAACCACGGCGUCACUGGCAGAAAGGGAGAGUGAGGGGUUUGUAACAUCUGUUCAGGCAGUGAGGGCGGGUUAAAAGAGAGUGGCAAAUGCGGGGGAGGGUACCUGCAGACCAUAUAAAUUAAAGUACACUUAAAUAUUUUUUUAUAUAUAUUUUUGAGUAUUGUUUUUAGGUUCUAUGUAAAUCACAGCUCACAGACUCCUCUUUUCUGAUCACAAAGAAUCAUCUGGUUGGGAUUGUUCUGACUGUAACAGCCAUGAAAACCUUUAUUCCUUAAUUUCUAUACAAUAAAGGACUCCAAAACAGA